AUGGCUUCCCCACGUGCCAAGGCCGGAGCUUCGCGCUCGGUCAAAUUCUCCCCUUCCACGCGUCGCGGCUAUACGUCACUCCCGAAUUCAACAGUCGAACACUCAAUCUCACAGAGCAAUUUGGGACAAAAUGACGACCUGGACACUCCUUCAAGUGGGGAUGAGUCCAUCGAGCAGGCCAAUAUAAAACUCCUACCUUUGAAACAAGGUAGAGCUCGAGAUUCACGGCUCUCGAGCCCCAAAACAAAUGAACCGAACCCCACUAUCAAUGUCCCCGACGACGAGCGUGAUGCAUCAGAGCGAAUAAAAGAGAUUCUCGAGGCGAAUGGCACCAUUCCAUUGAACUCAUUCUCGACAGAUUUGGAGGAAGGACAUUCGGACAGAGACUCUCUGGUUCUCAGUGAUCGAUAUAGUGACGACUAUGGUAUCCCGUCUGACAAGGGCCUGCUUUUGAACGAUAUAAAGCGUGAAGAUGUGGGAAAGGGCUCUGACUGGAGGUCAUUGUUCCGUCUGACUUCCUGGUGGAACGUUCUCGGCUUGUUGAUAAUCGCCCUACUGGUAGUAUGGUUUUCGCUCAGGGGACUGGGCUGGUCUUCUGUCGGAGCUGCCAUUGGUGAAUUUCAAGCGGUCCCCUGGUACCCUACUCCCCUCGGCGGAACGAGCGAACAAUGGAAGGAGAGCUAUGCCAAAGCUCAGAAAAUGGUCAGAGAAAUGAGCCUCGCCGAAAAAGUGAACGUUACAACUGGAACAGGCUGGCAAAUGGGACUCUCUGUUGGCAAUACGGCACCUGCCGAACUCGUCAAAUUUCCCUCCCUUUGCCUACAAGACGGUCCUCUCGGACUCAGAUUUGCGCACAACAUUACAGCUUUCCCCGCAGGGAUCACCACGGGUGCGACAUGGAACCGCGAGCUCAUGCAAAUGCGUGGCUUUGCUCUGGGAAAGGAGGCGCGGCUGAAAGGCGUGAAUAUAAUUCUCGGUCCAUCUAUGGGACCGAUUGGUAUGAUGCCUGCCGGUGGUCGUAACUGGGAGGCAUUCGGUUCAGAUCCAGUUUUGCAAGGCGUGGCUGCGGCGGAGACCAUCCGCGGUAUCCAGCGGAACGGGGUCAUGGCCACGGCGAAACACUUCAUUGGAAAUGAACAAGAACACUUCCGUCAGUCAUUUGAGUGGGGUACUCCAACUGCGCUCUCAUCGAAUAUCGAUGAUCGCGCAUUACACGAAGUCUUUGCCUGGCCCUUCGCUGAGAGUGUGCGUGCGGAUGUGGCGAGCGUCAUGUGCUCCUACCAAAUGGUCAACAACAGCUAUGCUUGCGAAAAUAGUAAACUCAUCAACGGUCUUCUGAAAGAUGAGCUCGGAUUCCAGGGAUUCGUGCAGUCGGACUGGCUGGCUCAGCGUUCAGGCGUGCACAGCGCUAUUGGAGGCCUGGAUAUGAGCAUGCCCGGUGAUGGCCUUCAUUGGGCCGACGGUGUCGCGCUCUGGGGAAGUGAACUGACUCGCGCAGCGUUGAACACGUCUGUUCCCAUUGAGCGCCUGAAUGAUAUGGUCACUCGCAUCGUGGCCGCCUGGUACCAUCUCAGACAGGACUCAUGGGAACCCCCUGCACCUGAGGGCGACGGCGGGCCGAACUUCUCGUCCUGGACUCAGGAGCGAAUCGGGCACUUGCAUGAAGGCUCACCGGAUAAUGAUGCGACGGGUGUGGUCAACAAAUUUGUCGACGCACAGGGAACAGGCGAGGACGCUCAUUCUGUUGUUGCUCGUCAUGUCGCUGCCGAAGGCACCGUGCUUCUGAAAAAUAUUAAUAAUACCCUUCCACUCUUGCGGGCACAGUCCGCAACCAAUGGCAAAUACCGGGUCGGUGUAUACGGCGAAGACGCUGGUCCUGGCCAAGGACCGAAUGCUUGUGCUGACAGAGGAUGUAACCAAGGGACCUUGGGCUCUGGUUGGGGUAGUGGGGCUGUGGAAUUCCCAUACUUGAUCAGUCCAUGGGAAGCACUGCAACAUGCGUGGUCGAAUGACUCUGUCGAUGUCAAAGCUUAUUUGACGAAUAAUGUUGCACCUCAGGACCUCGCAAAGCAGGACCUCUGUUUGGUCUUUGCCAACGCAGACGGAGGAGAAGGGUUCAUCCGCAGUGACGGCAUUGAUGCUGAUCGAAAGGAUCUCUUUCUACAAAAGAACGGCACUCAGUUGGUAGAGGGGGUGGCCAAGCACUGCGGCGGUGGCCAAGGUAAAACCGUCGUUAUAGUACACUCCAUUGGCCCCGUUGUGAUGGAGUCUUGGAUUGACCUUCCCGGUGUCCACGCUGUACUGUAUGCCAACCUACCUGGGCAAGAAAGCGGGAAUGCGUUGAUGGACGUUCUAUUUGGAGACGUCGACGCCAGUGGGCGUCUGCCAUACACCAUCGGACGAAGCCUAGAGGACUACGGUCCAGGCGCACAAGUUCUGUAUGAGCAUGCAGACCCAUCCGUUCCACAGGUCGACCUCAGCCAGGGCCUGUAUAUCGAUUACCGGUAUUUCGACAAGUUCAACAUCACUCCCCGGUUCGAAUUCGGCUUCGGUCUGUCAUACACAACCUUCGACUACUCUGCACUGAGCAUCGAGAAGCUGCAGAAGAAGUCCCAAUGGCCUUCCAAACGGCCCACAAACGAAGUCGAACCUCCCACAUACGACAAAAAACAGGAGGACGCCAGCAGCAUUUUAUUCCCGCCAGGUUUCCGUGUACUCCGGAAAUACAUCUACCCCUACCUCACCAGCCUAGAAGGAACCGAACCCGGUCCAUACCCAUACCCCGAAGGAUACAACAAACACCAAAAUCCAUCCGCCGCAGGCGGCGGACCGGGCGGGAAUCCAUCUCUCUACGAGCCCAUCCUCGAGCUCACCGUCGAGGUGACAAACACCGGCACGCGCCCGGGACAGGAUGUGGUCCAGGUGUAUGUUUCUUUCCCCGAAGAUGUCGCCGAGCACCGUGGACUAGGAUGGUCCCGUGAGUCAAUUGAGUUCCCUGAACGUGUCCUGCGGAAUUUUUCGAAAAUCCUCCUGCAACCGGGUGAGACUAGAAAUGUCAAGAUGACGUUGACUCGGAAGGAUCUCAGCUAUUGGAGUGUUCGUGCACAGAACUGGGUGUUGCCUACUGAAGGGAAAUUCCGCAUCUGGGCUGGGCGUAGUUCUAGAGAUUUACCGCUCGUGGUUGAGUUUUGA